AUGCAAACCAGCUGUGUUGUUGAUGAAAAAUUUGUCCCAAAGGUGGGAAUGAUUUUCAAGACACUAGAAGAAGCUAGAAAGUUCUACAAACAUUAUUCUAAACUUGCCGGUUUUUCUACGAAAAUAAGGAACACGACUCGGGACAGAGAAAAGAUUAAGAAUCAACUAAUUGUAUGCUCUAGAGAGGGGAGGUGGAAAUCCAAGAUAUCUCCAACUUUGAACACAAACCCUUCAGCUGGGUUAAAUUGUCCAGCUAGAAUUUACGUACACAUAAUGAAGGAUGUUGGUCUUUGGACAAUUUCCAAAGUUGUUUUGAAUCACUCACACCCUUGUUGUCUAGACCAGCCUGAGAUGCUCAAACAACACAGGGAGCUUAGCAUGUUUGUGCGUCGCACCAUCGAAACCUACGAAGAAGCCAGAAUCAGACCGAGCAAAACUUACCAAUCAUUUGUGGCAGCAGCUGGCAGCCACCGUGAACUAGAUUUUAUUGAAAAAGAUGUGAGGAAUUACAUCACAAGAGAAGUACGGAAUAUUUCCGAAGAAGACGAUGCCAAAGAAUUUGGAAAGUACCUAGUAAGAAUGAAAGAGAAAAACCAAAAUUUCUUCUUUGAGCUCAACCUUGAAGGCGAUCACUGCAUUAAACAUGCAUUCUGGGCUGAUGCAAGAAGUAGGGAUGCAUUUGAUUAUUUCGGAGACAUGGUUUCAUUUGACACCACCUAUAACACAAACAAGUACAAUUUGGUUUUAGGUUCUUUUGUGGGCGUGAAUCACCACGGCCAGUCGACACUUCUUGGAUACGCGCUGAUGAAAAAUGAGGACUUCCAAUCAUUCAAAUGGCUGGCUACGUUUCAUGGGAGCGAAGGCACCAAAAGAAACUGGAUCUAUUUCCUUAGAAAGUACGGCCUCGAAGGCAACAAGUGGCUUUCAGCAAGCAAAGAGCAAGAAGAGAGAGAAUUCCAUGCUGCAGAUUUUCACACCGUGAUACUGUGCGCAAAAAAAUUAGCAAUAGAGGCACAGUUGCAGCAUGUAUAUACCCAUGAGAAGUUCAGGGAAGUUCAAGCUCAAUUCAGAGGUAAAGUGAACUGUAUCACAAGAUCAAUACAUUCCACCCUAGGUUUCACAACAUAUGAAGUCAUAGAGCAAGUUUCCAACUCUACAUUCAACAAGUUUGUCGUCACCUAUGACGCAGUAUCACGAGAUGUAAAGUGCCAUUGGUUUCUAUUUGAGUCUAGGGGCAUAUUUUGCCGCCAUUCCUUAAGCGUCCUAAGCUUUGAGCGAGUGGAUAACGUGGCACCGAAAUACAUAUUGGAAUGUUGGAGCAAGAACAUAAAGAGGAGGCAUACACACAUCAACAGCCGCCAAGAUGAACCUCUACUGGGGCCAAGAAGUAAGAGAUUUGACGAAUUGGUGUUUCGGUCGCACAAUAUAUGUGAAUUUACAUCCGAAUCUGAAGAGUUGACCGGAAUUUCGCACCGAGCAUUUGACAAGGUCAUGGCGGAGAUGGAAGAAUAUCAAGAGAGAAGCAAAAGAAAAAGUUUGUUAACCCACGAAGAAGCGACAUUAAGCAGUGUGAAUGACCUUCAAAGCCCACCACAUGUCAAAAUAAGAGGUCAGCCUAAGAACAGACUUGGAUCAAACCUGGAAAAAAAGAUCUCAAAUGCCAUGAAGAAAAAGAAAAAGACAGCUCCAAGCGAGUUAAAAUUGACUUGCUUUUGA